UCUCCGGCGGGGGGCUGAGCAGCUCCCGAGUGGAGUCUUCGGUUCCCCUGGGCGCGGGGGUAGGGGCUGGCGGGAGCUGGGACCGGGGCCACGGAGGACCCGGGUGAGUCGGAACCUUGUGCCGGGAGCGGGGCCAUCUGGAGGUUCGAGCAGUCCUGUGAGGACAGCAGCCCAGAGAAGGACAGGGACUUGCAAGUUGGUAAGAGUCAGGAUUUGAAGUUGGCUCUGUCAGACACUGGAGUCUACAUUCUUUACAAGAGCUUGUGUGCCUCUGACGGAGCUGUGGGGACACAAAAAAACAGAGGAAGGCAGUCAGUGGGAGGCCCAGCCUGGGUCCCUGUGAGCAGCAGGAAGGAGAUGCGGCUGCUGUUGGCCCUGUUGGGGGUCCUGCUGGGGGCACCUGGGGCUCCAGCUUUGUCCCUUGAGGCCUCUGAGGAAGCGGAGCUGGAGCCCUGCCUGGCCCCCAGCCCGGAGCAGCAAGAGCAGGAGCUGACUGUGGCCCUUGGGCAGCCUGUGCGGUUAUGCUGUGGGUGGGCUGAGCGCAGUGGCCACUGGUACAAGGAGGGCAGUCGCCUGGCACCUGCUGGCCGGGUACGAGGCUGGAGAGGCCGCUUGGAGAUCGCCAGCUUCCUACCCGAAGAUGCUGGCCGAUACCUCUGCCUGACACGAGGCUCCAUGCUUGUCCUGCACAACGUCACCUUGGUUGUGGAUGACUCCAUGACCUCCAGCAAUGGUGAUGAGGACCCCAAGACCCACAGAGGCCCCUCGAAUGAGCACAUUUACCCCCAGCAAGCACCCUACUGGACACACCCCCAGCGCAUGGAGAAGAAACUGCAUGCAGUGCCUGCCGGGAACACCAUCAAGUUCCGCUGUCCAGCUGCAGGCAACCCCACGCCCACCAUCCGCUGGCUCAAGGAUGGACAGGACUUCCAUGGGGAGCAUCGCAUUGGAGGCAUUCGGCUGCGCCACCAGCACUGGAGCCUGGUGAUGGAAAGCGUGGUGCCCUCGGACCGUGGCACAUACACCUGCCUUGUGGAGAACUCUUUGGGCAGCAUCCGCUACAGCUAUCUGCUGGACGUGCUGGAGCGGUCCCCGCACCGGCCCAUCCUGCAGGCAGGGCUCCCAGCCAACACCACAGCUGUGGUGGGCAGCGACGUGGAGCUGCUCUGCAAGGUGUACAGCGACGCCCAGCCCCACAUCCAGUGGCUGAAACACAUUGUCAUCAACGGCAGCAGCUUCGGUGCCGAUGGCUUCCCCUAUGUGCAAGUCUUAAAGACAGCAGACAUCAAUAGCUCGGAGGUGGAGGUCCUAUACCUUCGGAAUGUGUCUGCUGAGGAUGCAGGCGAGUACACCUGCCUGGCGGGCAACUCCAUCGGCCUUUCCUACCAGUCAGCCUGGCUCACGGUGCUGACAGAGGAGGAUCUCAUGUGGACGGCAACAGCGCCUGAGGGCAGGUACACGGACAUCAUCCUGUACACAUCAGGCUCUCUGGCUUUGAUGGUGCUCCUGCUUCUGGCCGGGCUGUAUCGCAGGCAGGUGCUCCUCGGCCGGCACCCCCGGCAGCCUGCCACUGUGCAGAAAUUGUCCCGCUUCCCUCUGGCCCGACAGUUCUCCCUGGAGUCAGGCUCCUCAGCCAAGUCAAGCUCGUCCCUGGUGCGGGGUGUCCGUCUCUCCUCCAGUGGCCCCCCCUUGCUUGCGGGCCUCGUGAAUCUAGACCUACCUCUCGACCCACUGUGGGAGUUCCCCCGGGACAGGCUGGUCCUGGGAAAGCCCCUGGGUGAGGGCUGCUUCGGGCAGGUGGUGUGUGCAGAGGCCUUUGGUAUGGACCCCAUCCGGCCUGACCAAGCCAGCACUGUGGCCGUCAAGAUGCUUAAAGACAAUGCCUCCGACAAGGAUUUGGCAGACCUGGUCUCUGAGAUGGAGGUGAUGAAGCUGAUUGGCCGACACAAGAACAUUAUCAACCUGCUGGGUGUCUGCACCCAGGAAGGGCCCCUGUACGUGAUUGUGGAGUGUGCCGCCAAGGGAAACCUGCGGGAGUUCCUGCGAGCCCGCCGCCCCCCAGGCCCUGACCUCAGCCCUGACGGGCCUCGGAGCAGCGAGGGGCCACUCUCCUUCCCUGCCCUGGUCUCCUGCGCCUACCAGGUGGCCCGGGGCAUGCAGUACCUGGAGUCGCGGAAGUGCAUCCACCGGGAUCUGGCUGCCCGCAACGUGCUGGUGACCGAGGACAAUGUGAUGAAGAUCGCUGACUUUGGGCUGGCCCGCGGCAUCCACCACAUUGACUACUACAAGAAAACUAGCAAUGGCCGCCUGCCUGUCAAGUGGAUGGCACCUGAGGCCUUGUUUGACAGAGUCUACACACACCAGAGUGACGUGUGGUCAUUUGGGAUCCUGCUGUGGGAGAUCUGUACCCUCGGGGGCUCCCCGUACCCUGGCAUCCCAGUGGAGGAGCUGUUCUCGCUGCUACGGGAGGGGCAUCGGAUGGACCGGCCCCCACACUGCCCCCCAGAGCUGUACGGGCUGAUGCGUGAGUGCUGGCACGCAGCACCCUCUCAGAGGCCCACUUUCAAGCAGCUGGUGGAGGCACUGGACAAGGUCCUGCUGGCCGUCUCUGAGGAGUACCUCGACCUCCGCCUAACCUUUGGACCCUACUCCCCUGCUGGCGGGGACGCCAGCAGCACCUGCUCCUCCAGCGACUCUGUCUUCAGCCACGACCCCCUGCCCCUGGGGCCCAGCCCCUUCUCCUUCCCUGGGGUGCAGACAUGAGCAGGGGCACAAAGUUGUAUGGGCAGGCCGGCCAGCAGCCUUGGGCCUCCUGGCUGAGCCGCAAGCUGGUGGUGCUUGACCUUGGCACCCCCAGGCCCUGACCUAAAGCUACUGUCCCAGAUCUCUGGUUCUGCUUUGGGGAGGUCUGUCUUUGGUCCUGGGGUCCCUAGUUGAGACUCCUGCUCUGGCCUCUGGGUCUCAAGCCAGAGUUCAACCCCAGUCUCAAGGCCUUGCCCUUGCCUUGGAAUCAUGGCCCCAGUGUUCUAAUGGCUUGUUAAGGUUCUGCUUGGCCUCCUGGGCCUUGGCACUCGGUCCUUGUUACAGGGCUUUGGUUGGACCUGGGCUUUGGUUGGACCUGGCUGUAAGGCUGUCCUAAAUCUCCCCACUUCCCUACACCAAGAAAGGUCUUGGGCCUCUGAACCCCAUUUCCCCAGGCCUCCCCUGCCUCCCCUCUGCUGCUUAUCCCAGCAUCUCGGUGGAAGGAGCACUGGCCCCUUUGCUAGCUGAGAGGCUGGAAGCCUGCCAAAACACAGAAGCAAAUGGCCUUUUAUAAAUUAUUUUUU